AGCUUAAUUUACAUCGCAUUGCGCGUAGUGAAGCUUUUAUUUUGAAGAUGAGUUUGACUGCCUUCUUGGUUUCGUCACUGUCUCUACAAGCUGACGCUUAGCGUUAGAUCAAUAAAUUGGGGGGCACCAUGGCUGGUAAAGUGAAGUGGGUAACAGAUAUUGAGAAAUCAGUGCUUAUCAACAACUUUGAGAAAAGGGACUGGGUUCAAGUCUCAGAAAACGAGGACUGGAAUUUCUAUUGGAUGAGCAUCCAGACUAUCAGAAAUGUGUUCAGUGUGGAUACUGGCUACCGUCUGUCAGAUGACCAAAUGGUUAACCACUUUCCCAAUCACUACGAGCUGACACGGAAGGACUUAAUGAUUAAAAAUAUUAAACGUUACCGCAAAGAUUUGGAAAAGGAAGGCAACCCUUUGGCAGAAAAAGAUGAGAAUGGAAAAUAUAUUUAUCUGGAUUUUGUCCCAGUGACGUUCAUGCUUCCUGCUGAUUAUAAUCUUUUUGUGGAAGAAUUUCGUAAAAACCCAUCCAGUACAUGGAUCAUGAAACCCUGUGGGAAGGCACAAGGCAAAGGCAUUUUUCUCAUUAAUAAACUGUCUCAGAUCAAAAAGUGGUCCAGAGAUAGCCGCACUUCUACGUUUGUGGCAGCAUCAAGUGGCAAAGAGGCCUAUGUGAUCUCCCUAUACAUAGAUAAUCCCCUGCUUAUUGGAGGAAAGAAGUUUGAUCUACGUCUUUAUGUUUUAGUGACGACAUAUCGGCCGCUCAAAUGUUACAUGUAAGUAUAACUAGGCUUUUGUAGGUUCUGCACUGUAAAAUACACACCCAGCACUAGUGAGCUUGACAACAUGUUUGUUCACCUUACUAAUGUGGCAAUUCAAAAACAUGGGGACGACUACAACCACGUCCAUGGGGGCAAAUGGACAGUCAGUAACCUCCGUUUAUACUUGGAGAGCACAAGAGGAAAAGAAGUAACAAAUCGACUGUUUGACCAGAUCCACUGGAUUGUGGUGCAGUCUCUAAAAGCAGUAGCUCCUGUUAUGAACAAUGACAAGCACUGUUUUGAAUGCUAUGGGUAUGACAUCAUCAUUGAUGACAAGCUCAAGCCGUGGCUGAUUGAGGUGAAUGCUUCACCUUCACUGACCUCCAGCACAGCCAACGACCGUAUUCUAAAGUAUAACCUCAUCAAUGACACUCUGAACAUAGUGACGCCCAAUGGGGACAUGCCUGACUGCCGCUGGAACCGCAGCCCCCCUCGAGAGGCCAUGGGCAACUAUCAAGUUUUGUAUGAUGAGGAGCAGGCACAAACCGAAAAUGCUGAGCGUGACCUUAGGAGCCGCUCAGGUCAGUCAUUGGGUUCAAAGGGCAGCAGGGGGAGUGCAGGGGGCCGACCCACUGCUGCAACCUGGAAGUGAAAUUCUUUUGAGGUCUUUUUCUCAAAAACCUCUUGGACCAUGGCGGGUACAAGAUAUAGACUGCUUUUGUUACAUCUGACCUGUACAAAUAACAUUGUGGAGCAUGAAGGAUGCCAUGGACAAUUUUAAUGACUUUUCAUGUUUUUUGUUUUUUUUAAAUAUCAAGUUAGGUUCUUCCUGAAUGUCAUUAUGAAUUCCAUUCCCACUCAAAAAAAAAUGGUCUGACUUCUAUUCUACUUAUGGUGAAUCUGAUUAAAACUCAGUAUCUCACUAUAUGUAUCACCCAAUGGCAAACUACUGAAAGAAAAGAAAGGUACAAUGAAGAAAGAAUCUAUGCAUGAGGCUCUGAUAACUGCAUUUCUGACCAUGUUUUGCCCACACAGGUGCUAACAAAAAAAUUACUGAUUAUCCAGAGACCAAUGAAAAAAAACAGUGUAUGUGUAAGACUGAGAUAUCGAGGUAAUGUUAAUUCUAUAUUUGUUAUUAUUAUUUAUGUAUGUGAGUGGGGAUGUAGAGAUUGAUUGUAUUUAACUUGCACUUUAUUCAGUUUCAUUCAGCAUUUACAUUGGCAAAUUACACAUUACCUGCAUAUAGAUAGGUCAGUAUUGUUAUUUAUUUAUGAGGUGAUCAUUCAUGUGAUCUUUAAACACUGGACUACAGAUAUGUUUAUUCCUUUUAGGCAUAUAAAGUAGGAUUUUUAUGCAGCAUUAUAAUUGUCUUAAUGCCUUUUUGAAUACAUAUUUUGUACAGUGUAGAUUGCUUCAAAUAAUUGUUAAGUAUUACCAGAAAAUGUUUGUCCUUGUAUCUUUUUUUCUAUAGUUUGGAAAAUGUGAAUUCACAUGGGUUUUAAAAAUGUAGCGGAUUUCUUCAUCAACUUAAUCUGUCUGGAAUUAAGAUAAAUCUGCCUUUCUUACUUUGGUAUUGGCAUUGUGACCCCAUAUUAACAGGGAGCAGUCCCUGUAGCAAAUGUCCAUUGACUAACUUCAUUCUUAAUUUUAUUUUAUUUUUUUUAAUGUUACUGUUGCCUUGAAUAAUAAACAUUUAAAUACUGGUCGAUAGUUAUAAACCAUCUGUUGUUGGUGUGAUUGUAAGAGCCACUGUCUGAAAAUUGAUUCUCAUUUUGACAGUAAUACAGUUAAACCCCGUAGUGGCCCCCAAAUACCCCACAGAGUUGACCAUGCCACAGGAUAAAACAAUUUUAACGGAAAUUACAUAGG